AACUAAUAUGCUCGUCCUGCAUUAAAAAUAACUGCAGUCACAAUGAGGAGGGGACAGGAAGUAGGCGGGACUCCACGCUUGUCUUUAUGAGUCUCGACUACAGAGACUCUGACAGUGAAGUUUGUGACAGCAGGAGACAAAGAAGAAGAGAAAGAAUCAUGAUGGCUGAAUUCAGAUUAUUUAAAAUUUGCCUGUUUUUCAUGCUUCCAUUUACAGCAGUAACUCAACAGCAUACUGAAUUACGUGCUGAAGUUGGAGGCGAAGUCACUCUGCUUUGUGAAAAUGGGAAAAAUGACCAUGAUGGAUGUUCCACGACUACGUGGCUCUUUGGUCCUUCAACAACCAAUACAGCAGUAGCUCUGUUUGAACACGGACAGAUUCACCAACAUGCUGGAUUCAAAUCACACAGGCUGAGAAUUACAGACUGUUCUCUGGUUAUAAAGGACGUCGCACAACUGCAUGAAGGUCGUUACAACUGCAGACAUUUCAGAUCAGGGCAGUUAGAUACAGACACUCAAAUUGACCUGAUCGUUACUAACAGAGAGAUCUCAACAGCAGAUGGGGCCAAAUCAACACGUGCUCCAUCAGCUACAACAGGAACAGCUGCUUUAUCGGUGACAGCUAAAUCAUCCACGACAAGCAUGACAUCACCCACAGAAAAGGAAAACAACACAAACACGGUUCAAACCAACACCAUACUGAUUAUUUUGGCUGCUGGCUUCGCGGUGCUCUUCAUAAUCAUGGCAGUCGUUGGAUGGAGGAGAACUAAAAGGGGCAAAACACAAAGGAGUGAAGAAAUUGAUCAUCCUGCAGCUGAUAUUUACACCUCCAUCAAGAAGACCAACAAAACCUGGGCUCACAAUGAACACCGUAAAAGUGAUGCACAGACCUCCGUUUCCUGCAUCAGAACCUCCAGGGAUGACGUCAUCUAUGCCAACAUUAAACGCACAUAAGAAGCCAGUGGCAUUUAUUAUACAUUGAUAAAUGAUUGCUUUGGAUUGCUUCAUAUUACUGGAAUGUAUUUCAAAUGUGAAUCAUAAAGAAUACUGAGGUUAUUUUUAAAAAUCCAACAACUAUAAUCAUCAGAUGUACAGUAUGGACUCAUUGCAGAUUUUAUGCUUUGCUAAUUGCGAGCUUUAUUCAAACUCUUUUAAUUGUUCAGUGCUAUUCAAAUAUAUUGUUGAUUUAAUAGAUUUUUAAGUUGAUUUAUUUUUUCAAUUUUUGUAUUUCAAACUCUCAGACCUCCUUAGGCCUCCAGAAGGCAGCAGCUAGGUGGUCAAAUAUGAUCUCUAUUCUUCCUUCCCUUUGUUGAUUGGUGAAAUUCAGAAUCCAUUUUAAAAUUUCAUUAAAAUAUAAAUUAACUAUUCCACUUUUUUAUUUUAAAUCCAGAGGCGACCGUACUUUUGAGGCUGUCAUGCCCAAACUUUGGAACAACUCAUCAGGUCGGCUGCUGAAAACAAAUUUUUAUAGGUUAGCUUUUCCAAAAUUUAUUUUUGGCCAUAGUUUACAUCUAAUGCAUGAAUAGAAUUGUGUUGGAAUAAAUGUAAGAUGGUAUGGUCGGCUGUGUGUCUGGAUGCUGUAUACUUGUUUUUAAUGUGUGGUUUUAUUCAAGCUGUGAAGU